GGACACUACUCUUUAGCAGUAAUUAAUAGAACAAGGAUCAGUCCAGAUCAAAUGGACACAAUAGGAUCCUUUGCAAUAUACUAAUAAAUGCAAAGGAAAAUGAAGCCCAUCCUCUCUGUGUGUUUGUUACUGACUGGGCUUCAAGCAGUCAGUUACUGUCACCAUCCACCUGAUCACCGCCGUGACAGGGAUAGUGAUAAAGAUGCAUACAUCAAGGAACAAACAUCCUCUGCUGAAGGACUUUAUCCAUGUGAAGGCAAAGCCUACUUCAAACUGGCCCACAGCAAUGUUGCCUUCGCAUUUAAAUUUUACAAGCAGGUUAUAUCAGAGGCAACUGACAAAAAUAUUUUCUUCUCUCCCGUAAGUAUCUCUACUUCCUUUGCAAUGCUGGCACUUGGUGCUAAAUCAGACACUCUGGAUCAGAUUAAAAAAGGACUCACCUUUGACCUUAACAAAACUCAGGAAAAGGAGAUACAUGAAGGUUUUUGCCAUCUCGUCCAUGUGCUAAACCGUCCAGACAAGAAUAUCCAGGUGAAAAUGGGCAAUGCCCUUUUCCUACAAAAGACACUGAAACCACUAAACAAGUUUUUAGAAGAUCUUAAAAACUUUUAUAAAUCAGAAGUUUUUUCUACUGACUUUUACAAUUCUACCAAUGCUUUGAAACAGAUCAAUAAUUACAUUGAGAAUAAAACCCAUGGGAAAAUUGCUAAUUUAGUCCAGGAUCUGGAUCCACUCACUGUAAUGGUUCUUAUUAAUUAUAUUUUCUUUGAAGCCCAUUGGGAAAAGCCCUUUGAUUCUUCUUACACUAAAGAAGAGGAUUUUUUUGUGGAUAGGAAAACCUCUGUUAAAGUUAACAUGAUGUACCGUAAAGGUGUUUACAAACAUCACUAUGAUAAGGAGCUAUCUUGCUGGCUGGUGGAAAUACCUUACCAUGGAAAGGCAAUAGCUUUGUUUAUUCUGCCUGAUGAAGAAAAAAUGAAGGUGGUGGAAAAUGCUCUCUUGAAAAAGACUUUGUUUAAAUGGAAAAAGGCCGUCCAAGAAAGAACAAUAUAUCUGCACAUUCCAAAAUUUUCUAUUUCUGGUACCUAUGAUGUAAAGGAGAUAUUCCAGAAAAUGGGUGUAACUGAUGUGUUCACUGACCAAGCUGACCUAUCUGGAAUCACUGGAAUAUCUAACCUGAAAGUUUCAAAAGUCAUUCACAAGGCUCUAGUGAAUGUUCAUGAGAAUGGCACUGAGGCUGCAGGAGCCACCAUCACAGAAAUUUCAUGGAGGUCUGGUCGAAUUCCUCCUCGAAUUAAAUUCAACAGGCCCUUCUUGUUGAUGAUUGUUGAUAGGAAUAUCCGCAGCAUCCUCUUCAUGGGGAAAAUCAUAAACCCUAAUAACUGAUCAUCUGUUUUACGUGUUUGCAAUGCUUUCCACCUAAUGCUGGUGAAAUUCCGGUGAUUCAGCAAAGGACAUGCACAGACACACCACUAAUUGUUAGGGACUAUAUUUAGAACAUUAUUAACAUUCAUUCCCAACCCACAGACCAUGAAAGUUGCAUUUCCUUGCCUAUAAACAGCUAAUAUUUCUUCCUUGCAGUGUUCAGUUUACAUCAGAUGAACUGUAGACCAGCAAACUGGGGUGCUAAUCUAUUCUACCCUAUCUUGUGGUCUGUCUUUCCAAGUACACCCUGCUCAUGAGUGUUAGCACUUC